AAGUUGUGUUUGUGUUUCCGGGUCCCGGAAGACGCUACGACCUCCGUCCCAUUGUUUGCAUUUUAGCUCGUGAGGACGGCGAAGUAAAAACGGCGUUUGGUAUCCUUCUAGAGAGAAACAUCCCAAACUGCUGCAUGAGGUUUUAAAACCUGAAACGGAGCUACGAAGAGCAGGUCGGGGAGAAGUUGAGGAGAGACACUUAAACAUGGACUCUGAGAGGAAACUGUCAGCUGACCAGUGGAGAGAUGUCCAGAAAGUGAUUGUUGGUGAAGAACAUCAGCAGGAGUGGAGCUCCAGUCUAGACCAGGAGGACAAAAAGCCCCCAGACAUUAAAGAGGAACAGGACGAACUCCGGAUAAGUCAGGAUGAAGAGAAACUUCAAGGUCUGGAGGAGGCGGAUAUCACCAAGUUCACAUUCAGUCUGGUCCCUGUGAAGAGUGAAAAUGACGAAGAGAAACCUAUGUUCUCACAGCUUCAUCAAAAACAAACUGAAGAGAUCAAAACAGAAGCUGAUGGGGAGGACUGUGGAGGACCAGAACCAGCCAUAAAAUCUGAUCCAGAUACACAUUUACAACCAGACACUGAUGCCAAGACUGGAGACACUUCUGAACCUGGGACUGAUGAAAGUGAUGAUUGGAAGAAGACCAGAGAACCUCAGUCAGGUUUAAACACUCUGAAUAAUGAUACAUUCCCUGUUAGUGAUUCAAGACGUUCUACUGGUAAGAAAGCAUUUAGCUGCUCCGAGUGUGGGAAAAGAUUUGGCACCAAUAGAGAUGUGACGAGGCAUAUGAGAUCACAUACAGGAGAGAAACCAUUUAGCUGCUCAGUCUGUAAGAAAGCUUUUGCAGGGAAAGGAAGUUUACAUAGACACAUGAGAAUCCACACAGGAGAGAAACCAUUUAGCUGCUCAGUGUGUAAGAAAGCGUUUACAGAGAGUGGAAAUUUACAGACACACAUGAGAAUCCACACAGGAGAGAAACCAUUUAGCUGCUCUGAGUGUGGGAAAAGAUUUUGCACUAAUGGAGAUGUGAAGAGUCACAUGAGAUCUCAUACAGGAGAGAAACCAUUUAGCUGCUCAGUCUGUAAGAAAGCAUUUACCAUGAGUGGGAGUUUACAGAAACACAUGAGAAUCCACACAGGAGAGAAACCAUUUAGCUGCACUGAGUGUGGGAAAAGAUUCAGCACCAAUGGAGAUAUGAAGAGGCACAUGAGAUCUCAUACAGGAAGAUAAACUAUUUAGCUGCUCAGUCUGCAAGAAAGAUAUUGGACAAUCCACAAAGGAGAGAAACCAUUUAGCUGCUCAUUCUGUAAGAAAGAUUUUGGACAGUGAAAACUUACAAGCACACAUAAGAAUCCACACAGGAGAGAAACCAUUUAACUGCUCAGUCUGUAUUAAAGCUUUUACAGAGAAUGGAAAUUUAAAGCGACACAUGAGAACUCAACACGUGAGUGUUACAAGCUCCCCCCUUGUAUUACUUCUCCCUGUCUGCUCUGCUCAGGUGAUCCUGAUUUGAUCGUUAGUGGUUGGCUCCUCCCCCUGUACUUAAGGAAGGCUGGAGGACUCUUUCAGACAGAAGCAGCUGUGCACUAGUGUGGUUAUUUUUUGGGGGAUGGUGGUCUGAGGGGUAUGGCACAAAACCUAAGUGAUAUUGUACUAUAAAUACAGAUGUAUAAAUAAUUGAUAAUGAAAUAAUUGAAAGAAUCUAUGAAAUAUUAUACGCAAUAUCUCAUCUGAACAUUAAAAAACUCUCGACCUAGUUUAAAACUUUUACAGCCAACUUAUUAAAAUGUUUGGAUUUAAUUGGGCGUGAGUCCAUUAAGUCUAAAUGUAUUUGAACUGUCAUUUUUUCUAUUAAAACGUUUUACAACACUUCCUUACAUUGUA